AUGAUUAAUGGAAUGCAUAAAGCAAGGAAGUUCAGCUCAGGAUGUUUCUUGCGUGGAAAAUUUUAUGUCCUCGGUGGCCGAGAUGAGAAUGAUAAACACCUCACUUGUGGAGAAAGUUAUGAUGAGACCACAAAUUCUUGGGAGUUGAUACCUGACAUGUUAAAGGACAUGACAUUCAUUAUUCCUUCCCAAUCUCCGCCUCUUAUAGCUGUGGUUGAUGACAAUCUAUACAUGUUGGAGACAUCUUUGAACGAGCUUCGCGUAUAUGAUAUAAACACAAAUAUUUGGAAGAAACUUGGUGUUGUCCCUGUGAGCGCAAACACUACCUUUGGUUGGGGGACUGCGUUUAAAUCUAUGGGAGAUAGACUUCUGGUUGUUGGAACUUCUCACUCUUGGCAUAGGAAAGCAAUAGUCUACUCAUGCCGUCCUUCUCCAGACGUGGAAGAGCAGCACUGGGAAGAAUUAAAAUAUUGGUGCACUGGUGCUGAGCUCCCACCGUUUAUUCAUAACUGUUGUGUUAUGUUUGCUUAA